UGUGGCAAUACCGUGGAUUUUGCCUAGACUAGACACAGUUCAUGUCAGAAUUGACAAGAAUGUACUUUUUGUAGGUUAGGAGAAUUCACACACCAGGUUACGAUAAUCAAUGUCACAGGUUAGGAUAAUCAGGUCAAGGUUAGGAAAAGGGUAGGCUAAAAUAAAUCAACUUUUGACGUAUAUUUGACAUAAACUGCAUCCCAUCUAGCGAUGAGCAAUACUGUGGCACUGAAACGGUCAGCUGCACAGAUCAGGAACAAGGAAGACACAUCGCUACUAGAUACCAUACAUCUUUGAAGCGUGCCUGUACUAUCGGCAGGGAACAGAUAGAAAGGUUGAACAAGUUACGGAUCUCACGCUGCUUCAGAACGCAAGCUUGGUCUCGAACAGUAAAGCUGGUGGCGCGAUCUGUCGCGAUGUUGUAAACCAUGGACAGCAGAAUAAACGAGAUUCCGGAAAGGACGUUUGAUUUGGUACUACAGAUUGCAUGCCCAACAUCUGAAAAUGAAGAUCCUGCCGUGCUGUGGAGCUUCCCCCAGGACUACACAGACCAGGAGUUUCUCCAGACGAUACCCAAGUUCUGCUUCCCCUUCGAUGUGGAGAGGGUUUCCCAGAGUCAGGUGGGCCAGAACUUUACCUUUGUGCUGACGGACAUCGAGAGCAAGCAGAGGUUUGGCUUCUGCAGACUCACUUCCGGCUGCCGUGUCUGCAUCUGUCUGCUCAGUUAUCUCCCCUGGUUUGAGAUCUACUACAAGUUCCUGAACACACUAGCAGAUUACCUAACCAAAAACCAGGAGAAUGAGCUGAAUGACAUGCUGAACUCACUGUACAGCCUGCCGGUGCCAAAGCCCUUCACCCCAGUCAACCUGAGUGUGACCGCGCUGUUGCAUAUAGCCACUGGGCAAGUACUGAGAGAUGCACCAAGCCGGCAGCCGCACUCCUACUUCAUAGCCCCAGAUAUCAACGGCUUGCCCACAAUCCCCGAGAGUAGGAACCUGACAGAGUAUUUUGUGGCGGUGGACGUCAACAAUAUGCUGCAUCUGUACGCCAGCAUGCUGCACGAAAGACGCAUCAUCAUUACCUCAAGCAAGCUUAGCACUUUAACUGCGUGUGUCCACGGCUCUGCUGCCAUGUUGUUCCCCAUGAACUGGCAACACAUUUACAUCCCUGUACUGCCUCCACAUCUACUGGACUACUGCUGUGCCCCCAUGCCAUACCUUGUGGGAGUUCAUCUCAGUCUGCUGGAGAGAGUGCGCAGCAGGUCAUUGGAGGAUGUAGUGAUUCUGAAUGUGGACACCAACACACUGGAGAGCCCCCAGGAUGACCUGCAGAACCUGCCCAGCGACGUGGUCCACUCUCUGAAGAGUAAGCUAAAGAAGCAGUCGACAUCAACAGGAAGCGGAGUAGCAAGGGCCUUCCUCCGGGCUCAGGCUGCUCUGUUUGGAUCCUACCGAGAUGCCCUCCGAUACAAACCUGGGGAACCAGUCACGUUCUGCGAGGAGAGCUUUGUGGCUCACCGCUCCAGCACCAUGAGAAACUUCUUGGAGAUGGCGGUCAAUCUGCAGCUCUUCAAACAGUUUAUUGACGGCCGGCUGGCCAAGCUGAAUGCAGGCCGAGGCUUCACUGACCUGUUCGAAGAGGAGAUCAGUGAGGGAGGCUUCUGUGGAAGUAAUUCCAGAUCUUAUCAACAGUGGGUGCACACCGUCAAGAGAGGCGGCGUGCUGAUCAACACUGCAAUGACUAAGGCCAAGAGUCAUGCCAAGAGGGGCAUUCGCAGGCUCAAGCAAAGGGUGACCUAUGAAGAGGAGGAUGAUGGGCCGUUCUGCUCAGGGUCUCCCACCAGCACCAAGAGUCUGUCACCACGGAGACUGCAGAAGAGGAGACAUCAUUAUUAUGCAAAGUCUUCCAUGGGAUGUCCUGACUUUGCCAUCGAUGACGAUGAACUGGACACUGCCAGCAAGAUCUCGUCUGAGGACAGUGGGGAGAUGCCGUCCUACACUGAGGACAGUGACGACUCCUAUUCGUUGGAGCUAGACACAGACUCCUCCCACACAGGCCAGAUGAACCUAUUAGAGGAGAUCCUUGACUCUCUGAGCACCACCAGCACAGAGCAUGGAAAACUCAGCGCUGCCAAGAGCCUGGACUUCUUCAGAUCUAUGGACGACAUCGACUAUAAGUCUCCGAACAAGUCCAACCCCCACAGUGAGAGUAAUCUGCCCCAGAUGUGUACCAGUGGCAGCAGGGUGGGGGGAGUAGGUGGGGGAGGGGAACAGGGAGGAAGCUGGCAGGAUGACAGUGCCCUCCACGGGAAGCACCUGCCCCCCUCCCCUCGUAGACAGCCUAGCAAGAGCAGCCUCAAGAAGCCAAAGCAAAACCCUUUGACAGCCUCUCCACCGGCCACAGCUGCAGUCCCAGCCAAGGACAACAAGGUCCCCAAUCUCCUGCCCAAGAUCCAGGCCCUUCAGACCAAGACCCAGCCCCUUCAUGCCAAGCCCGCAAUCUGUCUCUCUAAGCCCCAUCCAGAGGAGCCUUCGCUCCCAACACCUCCAUCACCACACCUGGGAGACCAAAACCCCUCUUCCAGCCGCUCUCCUGCACCAACACGUGCAUCCACACACAAUCCUCCACCGGCGACACACACCUCAACGCUGACUCGUGUUAGAGCCUCCAUAGACCCCCAGCCUGAGUCUGAGACCAAACCCCAGACCACAUCCAGCAUCCUGCGGGGGAAUGUGCUGUCCAAGGAGACGGUGAGGCAGGACCAGGCCCUCCGGAGGCAGGGCAGUCAGGACAAAGAGAGGCAGGGUGUGAAGGCCGGGCAGCUCUCUGUGCCGGUCCCCUGGGAGAGAGGGAGGCCAGAGGAGGGGGGGCAGGGAGAGGACCAGGGCCUAGGGCUGGGGUUGGGGAAGGAACAGGGCAGGGUCUUUGGGGCAGAGGUCCAGGAGAAAGGCCUUCUAGAGGAAAUAGAGUCUAUGUGUCAUCUCAGCUCAGCCUUCCAGACCAGCCUACAGCUGUCCCAGGUCCAGUGCCACACCAACAACACACAUAAUAAUACCCACGCCAACAGCCACAGCAAAGCCACCGACAAGUCCUGAGACGGACAGGGACAGGGAAAGGGGUACUUGAGGUAGAAGUUGCCCUUAAGAAUCAGACUGCCCUCCCCAAAUCCUAACCUUAACCACUGAGUGGAAAAUGUUUACGAAAAGAUCAGUGUGUUUAAAACAGAGAACAAAUAAAUUUUUCCUUCGAUCUGAAAGUAUUUUAAAAACACAAAAUAAACCCCCAUGACCUUGGUAACUCUUCCACUGUACAGUCUCCUAACACAAUGCCUUAAACCAGGGAUGGGCAACCGCGGGGCGCCUUUUGUAGGUCUGAGGACCAAUUUCACCAAAAAUAUACAACUUUGUUUUAGGAACUCAGUCGGGGUUUCAACUUGCUGUUAAGAGUUAGAAUAAUAGAGUACACAAGGUGCAAUUUCGAAAUGUAAUUGUGCAACAGUAGUCACUCAAUUAGCCCAUGUCGGCUACAUUUUUUUUAAAUGGUCAGUUAGUCUAGUGGCCAGCUACCUAAACUUGUAGUAAGCAUGGUCGAAUUAUAUAUUAAAAACUGUUAACAUUUGCCUCCACCCUCUAUGGCAAAAGGUGUGUAAUUACAGGAAAUUAGCUGUAAAAUGUCUAAUUAUUCUCUCUGCCCCAUGGCAGAAUGAAUAGAAUUGCAUGAAAUGAGUUACAAAAUUGCUAAAUCUUCUCUCUACCCCUGGCAAAAUGUGUAGAAUUUCAGCAAACUUGCUUUAAAACAGCAACAUUUUCUCCACGCCCUAUGGCAAAAUCUGCAGAUUUGCUGUUAAUUAAUUUUAAAACUUAAAAUUGGUGGGGUGUCCAGCCCCUCAUGUUGAGUUUUUUUUUGUGGCCCCCACCCCUAUCAAAGUUGCCCAUCCCUGCCUAAAACUGAGGUGUGCUUUGCAUUUGGUACUGCUCAGUCUUAAAAUGAAUACUGUAACUGUUCCUUUGGAAGCAGUUGACCUGCUUAGAUCUACUAUGUGGAACGCAGUCAGCUUUCUCACUGUGCUUAGAUAUAUUAAGAUAGUUUAAUAUAUGUUGCACUCAGAGAGAAGCUCUAUUUAGUUUGAUUUCAGAGGCUUAUCUAUUUAGAGAUGUAUUUUUCUCAAGUGUUUGUUUCUCAGGAUACUCCUGUCUGUUAGGAAAGAAAGGCGAAAAGGACUUGUGUAAAUACAGCGGAUAUGAAUGAAUAGACAAGCCCAUCCAUGGCACCUAUCGCACCGUCUCUUGGUCGGUCUCUCUCUCUCUCCACAUCUCUCUCCAUCUCUCGCUUCCAUCUCGCCACUCCUUCCCACUCGUGCUCACUCUCCUCCAUUCACCCUUCCAUCCUCACCAUCUCCCACAAUCUCUGUCUAUCCUCCUACCCUCACACACUCUCCUCCUUUCUCUGAGGAUUUACCCCAGUGUUUUUCCCAAAAGGCUCAGACUUUUCUGUUUCCAUCUACGCGGGCUGGCACCCGUGUGUCUCCAUGGGCUAUGGGUAGUUUUCAGCCUUCGUUUACAUAACAAUGGCUAACUGGGAACUUGGAACGCCUUGUCACAAAGCAACAGUCUUGAUGCUGCAGACGUUGCUGAUUCUGCUCCCCCCAAGUCUUUAGUGUCACACUCCUGAUAUGUCAUUGGUAAAACACCCAUGAGUGCUUUAGGAGGAGUGCGACUUCACCACUUGAAAUCUCUGCUAUGUGCACACACCCAACAAAAUGCUCUGUCCCAUACUCUGAUGCUACCGCACUGUGUUUGAGAUGAUUGUAGGCUUGAGAUGAUUGUAGAAUAGUAAUAAAGCAAUACGGCUCUCCUCUGAGAAUGUGGACGGACGGCCAAAGAGAUUUUCACAAGAAUCUCCCAUGGAGAGAAUGCAAGCCCUUCUGGGUAAUGUCCAGAGAUGUUGGCCACUCACUAUCGUACCACUAUGGUACAUACAGACAAAAUAAAGUAUUUUCCAGUGCUUGUUUGUGGUUAUGUUGAUGAUGAGUUUAGCCUGUUUACGCUAGUGAUUUGUGUGGCAUGCCGUUGAGUGUGACGGUUUAACGGUAACUCUUGCCCCCCUGUCCUGAGCGUCGGGCUGUGGUGACGAUGAGAUCGUAAAGCGAGUUCUCCGUGGGUCUGGGAAGACCUCACUUCAGCUAUUCAUUUGGAUUUGAAAGGGCCCCGUGUACAAUUUAUGUUUGCCUAUUCUAUGUUUCAAUUUUGCUAUUUAUUUGGGCAGCUUUGAAGUUGGAGCACUGUCUAUGUACUAUGCAAACAAAACUUAUUUAAAGUUUCCAAAUUCCGAAUAGAAUUUGAGGUUACCACUAUAAAGAUCAGGUAAUUGAUCAUCAUAUUUGUGAAUCCAGAUCCUCUGGCCUUUUCUGAGUACCACUUAGUAUGCUCAACACAAGUCAUUAGGGAGAAAUCGAGUGGCUUUAAAGAGUCGUCCCCUCAACAUUUCAAUUGAUAUCGUCUGUAUAUGCAAAAGAGACCAAGAACCACUGGUCCAGUCAGUAGGGAGGCCCUGAGAAUAAGCCACGUCCUUAAAGUUGGAAUCCGAAUUGGGGGGAGAAACAGCGCCACUGGUUUCUGAACUGAGGAGCGUCGCGCAGCACUAAAACAAAUUGCGGUACAUAUUGUGCUCGUCUGUGGCACGUGCAAUGAUGUCAGAGGAGAAAAAAAACUGUGUUUGCUGUUUACAGUAACUUAUUUGUUGUUGAAACGGACAUGGUUGUUUUCACCAUUAAGGAUUCCAGCUUUAAAUGCAUGUUGGUCAGUUCUUUCACCUAUGAGAUCCACUAGAAAAUGCUUCAUUUCUGUUUAAUGCUUUCUAUUUCUGUUUUAAAAUGUUGUAAUGAGGCUUUACUCUAUGUGUUCUUUUUUCCCAUCUGUGCUGAUAUUGCAAUGGUCUUUCAUACUGAACUCACUAUGGAGAAGGAUCUUGUUAUGCUUUGUUGUAGGUAGUUAUAUUUUAAGAUUUAUUAUAGAUGAAAGAUUGUAUUUUUUGUGUUUUAAGUAUAUUUUACAAGGAGAAUAUAUAACUGGUAUAAUAAUAUAUUGUAAAUGAUUCGUAGAACAAAUAAGAUUUGAAUGUUGUUAUAUAAUAUUUUGGGGGUGGGGGAAAUAUUUUGUAUAAUUAUAAAAUGUGUUAUCUCAAACCAUUUGCCAUCCAGCCACUCACGUAUCAUGUUACAGCAUUUCUGAUUCCUGAGAUAGAUGACCGAAACGGCAUACCUAUGAAUUUAACUUCCUUUUUUUUCAGUUUGUGUUGUGCAUGUACAGUAGAAUAUCCUAUUAUUCCAUUCCCCUGGUUCAAAAUAUCUGUGUAUUGGCCAUGUUCUGUUGAUCUUAUUUGGUUGUUAAAUGUGUUUUAAAGUUAAUCAGCUCGAGAUUUAACACAAAAAAAAAGGUAGUGUCAGGUACGGUAGUGUUGUCCAGUAUCCACACUUUGUUUAGCCAACUUGAAAUACUUUAUUAUUAGUUAUUUCAUCUACUACACGACUACUGUAUUAACUGCGAUGGAUUUGGAUGUUUUACUUGAGCAACUGUCUUACUAACACUUGCAAUAGUCAACUAGGAAUCCUUUGAGGCUGAGUAUCUGUGUACUGAAAAGCUGGUUAUUUUUAUGACUGAAUGUCUGUUUUACCGUCUCAAAGCUUACUGACUGACGCAGAAGAAAAUAGGACGGAAGCGAACCUCUUCUAAUUCUCUUUUCUAAAUGCUGCGAUUGCAUUUCCCUUUUUCCUAAUCCUCAUGUGAUAUGAAAGAUCAAAACCCCACUGGUUGUCAGGAACUAACAGAGGCAUAUCACCUGUCUCUUUAACCUUUCUUUCACUGCAGUGACAGCACUGAGACUGUUGACACAGUGUUCAUGUUCAUUCAUUCACCUUUCCCACUGGUCCCUCGACAUGGUACUGUAGUUAUUUGAAUAUGCCGUAUGCAACCUACUGAAGUCUAGUGCGUGCACACUUAAUUGCAUGUUCUCAAUGCCGAGAAAAACUGUUGUCUUAAAUAACGUAUAGGUCAAUCUAAUGUGCUAUCGAUGGAAUGGUACAACUGUAUGCACUGUGAACUUAAAAAUAAAUUAUAUUCAUGUUAAUG